CAAGCUCUUCCGGCUCCGGGCCGCCCCCACCGCCGCUUCCGUCCAACGGCCUUCUCUUCGUGCUCCACCCGACCCGAUGGGCUGCACGGCGGGACGGGCGCAUGAAGAGCAGAAGGCGGCCAGUCGGUGGUAUUCCAAGGUGCUGCGGAAGGGACCUCACAUGACGAAGUUGAUGGAAAACCGCGUGCGCUAUUUGCCGUUAGAGAUCAGAGGCGCCUGCGUGUUGGUGAAGAUGGGUGGUAACAGAUACCGAAUCGACAACAGCAAGCUGAAUGACCGUGCUCAUGGCGUGUGUUUUCGAUUGUCAAAGAACAUAGAAGACCGAGAUGAUGAGCAUAUCGCUUAUUGGAACGACUACGUUGAUGGAGUGGACACAGGAGACGGAUGGAUUUCCUGUGACAUCGAUGCUAGAGGCUUGGAAUAUUUGGAGGACAUGGAAAAGGAGACGCCUCUGGAGACCCUCGACAAGUCUCUGCAACAGCUCGGCCGACCCACUUCCAAGAGCAGGAUGAUGAUCGUCAGCAGUAGCAGUUCGAAUGUGGAUGGGCGCUGGAUCUCCCGAGGCUACGCUGGGCAAAAGCUCAUUGAUGGUGAGCAUGUGCAAUAUGGUGCUGGCUUGAGCACCACCCUGGUUUGGGAAGGCCUUAACAGCUUUUCCAUUGACGUGGGCGGAGAGCGCCGACGGGCACGGCUCAUCGAUGAUAGUCUGGUGUGGAACGAUGGAGAUGUCUGGACGCGCGAUCCGCGCGAGACGAGGACGGUGAAGCCGAAGGAACACUGGGGCGACGCGUUGGAGCAACUGGAGGUGGCUCGGGUGGUGGGGCCUCUGCGAAGCGGAGAGACUCCACUCGAUGUUCCGGAACCUUCCUCUCGCCAGGACGCUUGGUCGGUGCUUCGCGUGGAACAAGACCUCUCCCUCUACACCAUCUUCGAUGGCCACGGACCCCACGGCCACGACGUGGCGAACUUCGCCAAGAACGUGCUGCCGCGGCUGCUGGCGGCGGAUUCGAGGCUAUGGACCUUUGGCGCCUCGGAGACCUUCACCGAAGCCUUCCGCUGGCUCCAUCAACUCAUCGAUACCAGCGAUGCCUACGACAAGCUCAACGCCCGAUGGUCCGGUUGUACCGGCUCAGCGGUCUUGCAUGCGCCCAACGGCCGGCUCUAUUUGGCGCACGUGGGAGACAGUAGCGUGGUGGUGGGCGGCCUCGAAGGAAAAGAGGUCACAGCCACACAGCUGACGCGCGAUCACAAGCCGGAGCUGAAGGAUGAGAUGGCGAGGAUCAUCGCGUCGGGAGGUCUCAUUGACUUCGAUGGCUUCUCCGACUACCGCAUCUACAACAAGGAUGGCUAUGGCGCCGGCUUGAACAUGACCCGCUCCCUGGGCGACCUGGAAGCGCAUCGCGAGACGGGCCUCAUCGCCGACCCCGAGUGUCGAGAGUACCAGGCCGAACAAGCCACGCACCGUGCUCGCGCGGUGCUCGCGUGGAGGAGGGAGGACGCUGUGGCGGUGAGGUAUGGUGAGAGGGUGCGCAUCGCCGCACGGUCCAAACACGCCGGGGGUGGACAUUCGUGCGGUUUCUAG